AUGUGGGAUCCCGCACAGGAUCCCGGAUGGGAAAUUGCAGGAUCCCGUCGGGAAAUUAGCGGGAUGAAGGACAUGGGUAAACAUCAAUCAAGACGUUGUCGCAGUGAAAAUCGCUUGCCAAAAAAUCUUCUUGUUAAAACAAAACGUUCAAGAUCAGUAGAUGGAUCUUUAUUUCCAAAAUUAAAAAUAAUUUACUGUAGUAAGUUAACCUAUAAAAUUGACACUGAUCGAAGACAUCAUAUACGUUAUUCAACAUCGGGAAAACUUCAUAUUUGUCGACAUUCAGAUACAUAUUAUAAAUCAAGUAGUCAAAUGCACAUUAAUCAUCUCGAAAAUAUAUUAGAACAAAAUCGUUUAUCUGGAAAAUCAGUUUACAUACUUACAUCCGAUAAUGGUCCAGAUUGGCCACAUAAAUGUGGUGGAAAUAUUUUUAAUUUUGAUACAUUACGGGAGGAACUUAAUUUAGGUGUUCUUAUUGUUAAUUCAUAUGCAGCUAAUGAUAGUAAAUAUAAUCCAGUUGAAAGAACGCUAUCAUACUUAUCUAAACAAUUAACCAGUGUUGUAUUAAACCGUAAAAUAUCAAAUAAAACAAGCGAACAAAAUAAUUUGGAUAACGCUGUUACAGUAUUAUGUUCAUAUUGGGAUAAAAAAUUUUAUGAUUCGUAUCAAAUACCAUCUAUACCAGUUAUUUCACAUUCAAUACUUCUGUAUGAUGGUCAUAGUGAUAGAAUUAAUUUAUUAAGGGCCUCCCCCCCUCAGAAAUGGUGA